AUGCGAUUAGAGAGAAAAACAAGUACUUUGUUGUGGUCAUUUUUGAAGAAUGCAUUGGGCAAAGAAUUGUCGAGAAUACCAUUACCUGUUGAUUUCAAUGAACCAAUCAGUUUUAUACAGCGCUUAACUGAAUGUUUAGAAUAUGCUGAUUUAAUCGAUAAGGCUGCUAAAAUGACAGAUCCAACAAAUCAGAUGAUUAAUGUCGCAACAUUUGUAAUUUCAACACUUUCAAAUACGCCAUUUCGCACAUGCAAACCUUUCAAUCCAUUAUGGUGUGAAACUUUCGAAUUUGAUCGAAUGGCUGAUCUUGGAUGGCGAUCUAUUGCUGAGCAGGUUAGUCAUCACCCACCAAUUAGCGCGAUUCAUGCUGAAGGAAAAGGCUGGAUUUUUGAUGAAGACAUGAUUAUACGCUCACAAGCAAAUAAUUUUUUUGAGGAAACUCAAUCAUUUUAUUACUGGACAAUGAAAGAUAUUAAAACAUUUGUCAAAGGUUUCAUUAUUGGUCCAAUUACAGUACAAAAUGAAGGGCACUGUAUUAUCAAGAAUCAACCUUAUGGUGUCAGCUGCGUCCUUACUUUAACUCGCCACCGCUUUUUUUCAUCAAGUAAUGAACGAAAGUUUACUGGGAAAAUAUAUGAUCAGUGUGGAAAAGAAAUAUAUCAUUUAUCUGGUGAUUGGAGUCAAAAAUGUGUUUUAACAGUACAGAGUGAUAAAAUUCAGAAAGAGAAAGUUAUUUGGACAAAAAAAAUACCACCUAAAGAAUCGGAGUUAAUGUACAAUUACACAACUUUAGCAAUCGAAUUGAAUGAAUUGGAAGAAGGUGUAGCACCAACAGAUUCUCGAUUAAGACAAGAUAUGCGUUUGAUGGAAGAGGGCAAUUGGGAUGCAGCGAAUGUGGAAAAAGAGCGACUCGAAGCCAAACAACGUGCUAACAAUAAAAAAUAUCAGGAUUUGCUGGAAAGUGGGGAAGUAGUAGCUCAACGACCACUUUGGUUCGAAAAACGUUUCGAUAGUUGCGUUGGUACUCCUCGAUACAUCUACCAAGGGCAGUACUGGAUAUGCAAGCAAAAAAAAGACUGGUCUCGAUGUUCAGAUCUAUAUAGUAAAGAAAAAAACUAUCUUACAGAACAAAAAAAAACUCUUAUAAUCAAAUUAACGAAACAAAAGUUUUUAUCAUAUACAAACUUGCAAAUGUUAAGAAAUGAUUUCAUUUUCUGAUC